AUGUUCAGCGCUGUACAUCCCGAUUCGCGACGUGACUGUAAAAAGUACAGAUAUUCUCAAACGUCUCACCAGAAUUAUUGGUUUUUAAAGUAUUCAGAAUUCAAUUUAUUAGGAAAACGAAAAAUAAAAGGUAAUUUUUUGCACUUGUUUCAUGCAGAAGAAAAAGUUUUAUUUCAGUCGGUGAUGCUAAAAGAUCAAACGGCGAAAACAGAGAAAAGGACACAGGAAAUCACAUGCCAACUGUCGAAGCUAGCCAAUUUUGAGGAAAAUAAUCGAAAGAAGCUUCAAGAUACUGAACGCGAGAACAAGAAGCUUCGAAAUUUAAUCAAUUCCCUUGAACUGAAACUUGAAAAUCUACCUCUUCAAAUCCUUUUUUUUUUAAUCUCGGAAAAUGACGAAUUGCUCGAACGUGUAUUUCACUUCCAUUGUGCCACCUUCACCAAAUUGUCAGACUUCCAACUUCUUUUUUUUCCAACACCAAUGUAUGUUGCAAAUGAGUACGCGAAGAGUGGUCGUAAUUUGUGGAAUGAAGCCAUCAUUGCGGAUGCAAUUCCCGAAGUUUCUGGACCAGAGGCAGCUCGUAUGAAGCAGAUUACCGAUAGCAUCAAAUACAAGGAAUCCGGCUUCCUGAUCGACCGUCGUGUCAAUGCUUCAGCACUAAUAAUUCAAUCAAAUUGUAGUAUUUUCAAUUCCAACUUCUAGUUUGUGAGAAGCAUACCAUGAUUUUUUAUUUGUAUCCCACCCUGUCAUUCUUGUUUUUGCGUUACAUACAAUGCGUAUCUAAUAGUAAGUGGUGUAACUGCUAAUUUCAUUUUCCCCCGUUGCCCUAUUAUUGUUUUGACCUACGUGGAAAUUGAUUUUUUGUUGUUGUUGUUGAGUGCAGAUUAUAGAAUGUAGCCUGUUGUUAUGUUAAGUUGUACGUGCAAUGUUGUUGUAGUCUCCUUAAACCCAUAAAAAUCAUAAAACUUA